AUGCGUAUCAUCCUCGCUUGGCUGCUCUUCGCUGCCGUCACAGCACAGAGCUACAACUACGGCGGCGUUGAUAUCGACUCACUCACACGCAGACAAGACCCCGAUGCGUCGAUCGUCGUCAAGGCUUUGCCCCAGACUCGCAAUGGCACUACACCACUGAGGCUCGAGAUACGACAAAUGAAGGCCGAUCGAUACAAAUGGGACUUGUUCAUACUCUCCAUGAGCAUGUUCCAGGAUGUCAGUCAGGACGACCCUGCUUCGUGGUACAAGAUCGCUGGAAUACACGGAGUUCCCUUCGAGGCAUGGAAUGGUGUUGAGGCGGCCCCAGGAGCAAAUCAGUCUGGUUAUUGUGCUCACAGUUCUGUCCUGUUCCCAGUGUGGCACCGACCGUAUCUAGCUCUCUUCGAGCAAGAGUUAUAUCGAAUGGCCAAUGUCAUUGCCGGCAUGUUUCCUAACGGGACCGAUCGGCAACCAUAUAUAGAUGCUGCACGCGACUUCCGAAUGCCAUAUUGGGAUUGGGCAAUGCCUCCCCCUGAAGGAGAAUCACAUUUUCCUGAUGUAUUCUGGAAUGCGACUAUCUCCCAGUGGGGCCCUCGAGGCGUUCAGGAAAUACGCAACCCUCUCUACUCGUACAGGUUUCAUCCAAAAAACGCAACUGCUAUGAUUUGGAGCCCACUGAGAGACUGGGACGAGACCAAGAGAGCCCCCAACGCAUCUGAGAGUGAAACCGACCCGACAUCUGACAACGAAAAGGUCAACGCUGCGCUACUAUCGAGACUUCCAGAGAUACAACGGCGCCUCUAUGAGCUCUUGACUAGUUACAAGGACUUCAACAGCUUCGGGACUAAGGCAUGGGGUGCUACGCAGAAUUUGUCGACAGCGGACUCGAUCGAAUCUGUUCACGACAUUAUUCAUACCGACGGCGGUCUGGGAGGGCACAUGACAUAUGUCCCUUUGUCUUCGUUCGAUCCACUGUUCCUACUUCACCAUGCCAUGACAGAUCGAGUAGUUGCCAUAUGGCAGGCUCUCAACCCGUACUCAUGGGUCACUCCAAUGCCGGCGGGCGAAAACAGUUUCACCACUCUCAAGGGGGAGAUGCAAGACUCUCAGUCUCCGUUGACUCCGUUCUUUGCGUCUGUUGACGGCACCUUCUGGAACUCAGACACAGCCAGGACAACAGAAGCUUUCGGAUACACGUAUGCUGAUACUGAUCUCACGGGGAAACAGAAGGAAGAUGUCCGACAAGACUUACAAAAAAAGGUGAGCGAAUGGUGGGGAGGUUCAGCUGCGGUCGGUCUUCAGGCGAGCACGGAUAUUAUGAUGGCAGGCGGAAUCUCUUCGACAGACUACACGACCAAAUGGACCAUCGCUGUCUUGGUAAAUAUGGGGGCAUUUCCCGGUUCCUACGCCAUCCACUUCUACCUGGGGCAGCCGCCCGCCGACUGUGGUGAGCAAACCUCCCAUUAUGUCGGCGGUAUCCCAUUUGCUGGCAUUCUCAUGACAAACCCAUCAGACUCGGUGAUUGCAGCAGCACUGCCCAUCGAAUCUCGACUCAGAGAAAGGGUCAUAUAUGGGGACCUGCGCAGUCUAAGUUUCAAAGACGUCGAGUAUUAUCUGUUGGAACGACAGAAGCUCCAGCUCUGUGUGAUGGCCGACUUCAGAAGGGAUGUGGAUCCAGCUCAGGUCAGUGGACUACGUGUUGAAAUUGUCCGUUCAAGUCACAAGGAUGGUCGAGGUUCUUCCCCCACAAUCGUCUGUAAUAUCCAAAUCAUCAAAUAUCACAGCAUGGCAGACUCACACAUCCCAUCCGUUCCUCCACCAUGGACCCUCAAAGGCGACAUCUACGCCUUCAUAUUCUGGACGUCUCCCUCACAAGCCAAAGAAGGUCUUCCUGCCAUGGCUUACUCUCCUCUUGAAGGACAAUCUGACUUUGCUAAAGGUCAGAAAGCUCUUGGAGGUCUGAUUGGACCCUACGAUGAACUUAUUCUCGCGCCGGGGACUUUUGGGUAUGAGAAGGAGGAUGAGAAUGGGAGGAGAUUGAAAGGGAAAGGUGUUAAGAUUACGAGGAUUUAUGUUUCUCAUAAACAUACGUGCUACAACGGUAGAAAGAACUGGAACGUCCCCAAACACCUCGCCAAGUUCGACUGGACUGAUAACUCAAACGGCUCUAUAACUGCCAAAGUAUAUCCUCACGAUACAUUGCCCACAGACUCAGCUAGCUCUGAGUCAGCCUCACCAGAUCACACUCCAUUCUUCCAGGCCACCUUCAAGCCCAUUCGCUAUGCGCCCUCAUUUCCCUUCCGAACUUCAUGGAUCAACUAUUUGGGCUUCGACACCACCUUGGUCUUUCCUCCUCUCCCUGAAGGCGCUGGGAGUCAGGGCGAGCUGCCUGGUACUGACCAAUGGUGCUCUGUCGUUCCGCAGCAGUCUACGUCCAAGUGUAUGUUGGGCUGGUUCGACGUUGAGCAGCAUCGUGAUGAGGAGGGGAAGUUAACGGGUGAGUUUGAGAACUUCUGGCCUGGUUGGUCCAAGUGGCAGAUUGGAAUCAAGAUGGAGAACUCUGUUAUCGAGUUUGAUCAUCCAGAGACGUGGGAGCCUCCGAGAACGAGACUAUAAGCAACAUUAAUAG